AUGCCGCACACUCCCGCCAAGAAGGGCUUGCGACGCAACUCUUCGCUUCAACAUUCACCUUUCAGCGACUACUUUACCGAUGAGGCGCGUUCCAUCGACUCCGCCUCCGUGCAUUCGAAUGCGCCUUCGAUGGAAACAAAACAGCUGCUGGUCAGGAUGAACAUACUUCAAUCGCAACUCAUGCGCAACCACUCGGACGCGAGUCGCGAAGCCAUCAGCAUCGUCGGCAGAAAGCUGGGCGAGAUUGAGCUGGAACUGAACUCGCUGCACUCACACAAGCGCUCGCACGCGGAACUCGACGACUCUGGUGUCUUCAUGGAUGAUGAAGAAAGCGACACCAAGAGUACGACGCCACACAGUCGCCAGGUCUCCAUGCAUUCGUCCUAUGCGCUCAGUUUUGAUGGUGCCAUGCAUCUGCCUGCACAGCCUGAGACGCUCGAGCAGUACAAGGCCGAGCGCGACUGGUUCGUGCUGCGCAUGCAGGACUUGGUUGAUGGUCUGACGACCGCGCAGUCCGAGCUUAGCAAGCGUUAUGUCGAGGUUCGAGAGCUCAACGAGCGCCACAACGCAGAAAUGGAGGAGCGCGAGAUGCAGCUAGAACAGCUCCGGUCGGAGAAUGAAGGUCUUCGUUCGGACUUGGGCUUCGAGUACAGUGAGUUACUCUUUCUCAAAUUGCAAAUGAAGUCGAUGGAAGUCGACGUCGAUGCUCUCAGCGAGGACUCCGCUUUCAAGUCGUUGCAGCCUUGGGCCCAGCAGACGAGGCGCGAGAGAAAGAACGGAAUCCUGUCAGAAAUGGAUCGCUGGCGAUCAGACUGGCAGGAUGUCAACUCGCGCUUCAAGCGAAGACGAAGCAAGUACGGCGUGACCCCUGCUCGUCGGGACAGUGUUUCGACCUGUUCAGAAAUCUCGGGCAGUGGCGAAGCAGACUGGCAGCUUGAGACUGUCAAGGAAGGCAAAGGACGAGUGACUAGCCUGACUAUCCGGCGCACACCAAGCGGAAGCCAAGACGUCGACUCAAAAGACUUUGCAGAAGCCACACGCGAGUCAACAAGCACUAACACAGCUCAAACAGAGCAAUCAUUUCCUAAAGAUACCCCCACAGACCUUGAGGGUCACAACCACACCCAAGGUGUCAGCGAGCCACAAAUCGCCGAGAAGACCUAUGUUUACACGGAGCGCGGAACUCAGACCAAGCUUGAAGUGGAAGAAAAUGAAUCGCAGGACGAGGAGCAAGAGGAGGAUGACUUAUUUGAGGCGACUGCUCCGGAAGCCGAAAACCAACUUGGAGCUGAAGAAUAUCUUGGUGGCGAGGAUGCCGAAACGCGGGAAGAGGACGAGAAUGAAGAUGAGGACGAUUGCGCCAUCACCACCUCGUCUGAAGACACCUACGACGUCGAGGAAGAAGAUGACGUUCAGAUCGAAGAACCCAUCACAUCCGUCCGCCCAAAGUCUGCUUGGCAAGAACUUUGGUCAUCGUUGCAUAAUUUGUCUGGCCUUGGAGAUGAAGAUGAAGAGGAGGAGGACGACUAA